CUCGCCACGACGAUAUGGCCCCAGGCUGGAGACUCGCCACUGCGCUGCUCGCAGUCAUCGCUUCGAGAGCUGCGUGCGCCAGACUGCCCGAUGGCCGGCUGCACGGGAACAUGCCCCGCGCGCCGUCGGUGCCGCCAGUAUCUGCGGGCGACCGCGUCGUGACGGACGCCUCGGGCGCAACGCUACCGCCGCUGAACACGACAUAUUUCUUUGACCAGCUGAUUGAUCACACUAACCCGAGCCUCGGGACGUUUAAACAGCGGUACUGGCACACUUGGGAGUACUACAAAGCUGGUGGUCCCAUCAUCCUCUUCACGCCGGGCGAAGUCAAUGCCGAUGGAUACACGGGCUACCUGGCGAACGAAACGAUCAACGGACAGAUCGCGCAGCAGCAGCAGGGGGCGACGAUCGUGCUCGAGCACCGCUUCUACGGGAACUCGACCCCGUUUGGUGACCUAAGCGUGAGCAGCCUGCGCUUCCACACAAUCCAGCAGGCGAUCGACGACCUCGAAUACUUUGCGAAUAACGUCGUGCUCCCGAUGCCCGGCGGCGAUGCCGUUAAGCCCAACACCGAGGCGCCCUGGGUCCUCGUCGGCGGGAGCUACUCCGGCGCCCUUACGAGCUGGACGAUGGUCAACAAGUUGAAUCUCUUCCGAGCGGGAUACGCAUCGUCUGCUGUAGUCGAGGCAAUCAUAGAUUAUUGGGGCUACUUCGAGCCCAUCCGGCAGUUCAUGCCCCAAAACUGCUCAGCAGACGUCGAAGCCGUCAUUGCGCACGUCGAUCAGGUCUUCACGCAAGGCUCGGAGAGCGAGAUCAACGGACUCAAGGCAAACUGGGGCAUGCAGAACCUUACACACCUGGAUGACGUCGCCGGUGCCUUGCGGAACAACCUUUGGGACUGGCAGAGUUUGUCUUCAGACACGGGCUCGGAGGGCUUGUUCUUCCAAUUUUGCGACGCGCUCGAGGUCAAGAACGGCACGGUUGCUCCUGCGUCCGGCUGGGGACUCGACCACGCCCUCGCGUCAUGGGGUGCGUACUGGAACUCCACUUACCUCGAACUGCUCUGCGGGAAGCAAGACGUUGUAGACUGUCUCGGUACCUACGACCCUACGCAGUCGGUCUUCACCGACGACUCAAUUGGCAACGACGACAGGUCUUGGGAAUGGAUUGUUUGCAACCAGGUCGGGUUCCUCCAGGAGGGUGCACCGGAGAAUCACCCCACAGUCGUAACGAGGCUCGUUCAACCGAGCUAUGACGAGCGGCAGUGCACCUACUUCUUCCCGCAAGCCUUCAGCCAGCCCCCGGUGCCGAACGUGCAAUCUGUCAAUUCUGCCUACAAGGGCUGGAACGUCAGCAUCGACCGCCUCUUCUUCGCAAAUGGCCAACGCGAUCCUUGGCGCGAAGCGACUGUCUCCGCGGACGGCGCAACGUCCGUCAGCACUGCGGAGCAGCCAAUUGCUGUCGGCGACGGCUUCCAUUGCUCAGACCUCAUUAGCGACAAUGGGGCCGUUGACCCGACGGUCCUCGCUGUGCAGCAGCGUGGUUUGGCCUCGAUAAAGGCGUGGCUGGAAGGUUUCAAGCCGACGAAGAGGUCUCUGCCAAGGAGGAAGAACAUCUAGAUGUAGCUAUAUAUAUCUUACUACUGCUGUAGCUGUAACGUCUCGGGCAUACAUCUGAAGAAAUUU